CCCGGCUCGCCGAGUUUCCGAUCAGCUCAAUCCCGGAUUAGUUCACUGACGGAGAUGCUGCUGAUCCCUUUUGCCGAAUCAGGCCUUGCUGCUGCAACAACGUAACCCUGCAGUCCUCGGCGAGCUGAACUGACAGUUGAAAGAUGGAGUGAAUGCCUAGCAAGAAGAAAUGAGUGGGACUCUGACACUUCUCUGGUAACAGUCUGUGAAGGCUUUACUUCAAACUCCUGUCUUUUGGUUUUGCAGAAGCCAUUGUGUAAGCUUGCCGUUGCUGUGUUUACUGUUUGGAGUAUUUAUAACAGCAGAUCAAGAGGCUCCUGGGGAGAAUUCCUCCCAGGGAAUGUUUCCGUCGCUCCCGGGGGGAAGAGCCAAGCCGUCACAAACUUUGCUUGACUCGAGAAGGCAGCGCUAUGUCAACCACAACACACAGAUUAGCCUAAAAAAUCCCAGCGCUGCCGCUUUCAAGGGCCGUAAACAGGUGGGACCCCGACAGAUAAACCGCUCUCCCAUCAGCAGGUGUCUGGAUGCUCCGCGGCGCACCGUCCUCGGCCGCCCUGUGCUUCCCAAUGGCCGGGAGUUGACCACAAGCACGAGGAUGACGCUGCGCGAGCAGCUGAGAGAGAAGAUCUCGGCGGCCUUUUACCGCCACGGGCUGCUGUGUGCCUCCUACCCAGUACCCAUCAUCCUUUUCACCUCCGCCAGCAUCCUCACCUGCUGCUAUCCAUUGCUGAGGCUUCCCCUGCCUGGGACGGGUCCUGUGGAGUUCACCACAGGGGUGCGAGACUACAGCGUCCCUCCCCAUGAGCCUCUGGGAGACCUAGAACGACCAGACUGGUACCACGGGCCUCCGGUCGCCUACAUCCAGCAGGUGUUGGUGAAGGCAGCCGUGUCUCCGUGGGACAGCAGCCUCGUGCCGGUGGACGUGUUUCGGUCGCCUCUGGGGAAAGUCUUCAGUCUGCUGGAGGAGAUUCGCAACCACGUCCACACCGAUGGCUCUGGCAUUCGAAGCCUGGAAGCUCUAUGUCUCCAGGUGACAGACUUGUUUCCAGGGUUACGGCGGAUGCAGUCAGUGCUGCCAGAACACGGCUGCCUCCUCGUCUCUCCUGGCAACUACUGGCAGAACCAGCGAGACCUGUUUGACUCAGACUCGGACCUCCUCAAGACCAUUCAGAAACACGAACCGAAAGGACUGCACACCUCAGCGACACUGCGAGACCUGCUGUUUGGCGUCCCUGGAAAGCACACAGGAGUCAGUCACUACAACAGGAAGAGAGUGGUCACAUACACAAUCACUGUGGUUCUUUCUAACUAUGAUGCAGGCUUUCUGAGUAGCUUACGGACCCGUCUGAAGCAGCUUCACCCAUCGGCCAACUGCAGCCUGAGAGACGACCACAUGGUUCACAUCCACUUCAAGGAGGAGAUCGGCAUCGCUGAACUGAUUCCCCUCGUCACCACGUACAUCAUCCUUUUCGCCUACAUCUACUUCUCCACCCGUAAGAUCGACAUGGUGAAGUCUAAGUGGGGCCUGGCUCUGGCUGCUGUGGUCACCGUCCUCAGCUCCCUGCUCAUGUCUGUGGGACUGUGUACGCUGUUUGGCCUGACGCCCACGCUGAACGGAGGUGAGAUCUUCCCUUACCUUGUUGUUGUGAUCGGCCUGGAAAAUGUGUUGGUGCUCACCAAGUCUGUAGUUUCCACACCCGUUGACCUGGAGGUCAAACUUCGAAUUGCUCAGGGCCUUAGUAAUGAGAGCUGGUCUAUCAUGAAGAACAUGGCCACUGAGCUGUGCAUCAUCCUGAUUGGAUAUUUCACCUUGGUGCCAGCUAUCCAGGAGUUUUGUCUUUUUGCCGUCGUGGGGCUCGUUUCUGACUUUUUCCUGCAGAUGUUUUUCUUCACUACAGUCCUGUCUAUAGAUAUUCGCCGUAUGGAGCUGGCUGACCUGAACCGCCGGCUUCCCGCCGAGGCCGGCCUGCCUCCAUCAAAACCGGGACCCCUGCGAACACGAGAGGCCCCUCCUCCACCUCGGCCCUCCCCCCACACAAUCACCCUGCAGACCCCGGCCUUCAGGAACCUGAGGCUCCCUAAAAGACUGCGUGUUGUGUACUUCCUGGCCCGCACACGCCUGGCCCAGCGCAUCAUCAUGGCUGGUACGGUAAUCUGGAUCGGCAUCCUCGUCUACACGGACCCGGCCGGAAUCCGCACCUACCUGGCUGCGCAGGUGUCUGAGCAGAGCCCCCUGGGGGACUCCGGCGGAGGCGGUUUAAGCCCCCAUCUGGCAGUGGCACCGGUUUUCCGUGGCGGGGAUCCUACCAGCACCCUGAGCAUCCACCGUGCUCCGGCUCCAACUCCACUACCUGAAAACCAAUCCCGAGGUCACCUUGGCCCAGCAGGACCUCUUCCCCACGCCCCGCCCUCCGUGCCCCAGAUCACCUGGGGGGCCGAAGAUGAGGAAGGAUGGAGGAGAUUGUCUUUUAGGCAUUGGCCGUCGCUUUUCAGCUACUACAAUAUAACUUUAGCAAAGAAGUACAUCAGCCUUCUCCCCGUAAUUCCUGUCACGAUUCACUUGAGCCCCCAGGAGGCCAUUGAAACGCGUCACCCUCAGGACACGAGACACCCUCCGCCAUCAAUCCCUAAAGUUUCUGCAGAUAUACAGACAGACCUCACCCUCUACAAGGUUGCUGCUUUGGGCCUGGCUGCAGGGGUCCUGCUGGUUCUGCUGCUCUUCUGCCUCUACCGCGUUCUCUGUCCCCGGAACUACGGCCGAAACGGCGUUGCUCACGGGCGUCGGCGACGAGGCGAACUGCCCUGCGACGAUUACGGUUAUUCUCCACCUGUCAGUGAGAUCUCCCCUCUGCUGCUGAGGGGACACAGUAUGGACAUCGAGUGUUUGGCCAGCGAUGGGAUGCUGCUGGCCAGCUGCUGCUUGGCGGGACAGAUCCGUGUUUGGGAUGCCCAGACUGGUGACUGUCUGACGGUCAUCCCAAAGCAAGGAUUAAGACGAUGCAGCAGCAGUGGCUGCUGGGAGCAGCGAGACGUCUGGGACACGAUGACUGCAGAGUGCGACUGCGCCUGUGAAUCUAGAGACCCGAACCUCAGCUGUGACGGGGCAUCGGAGGACGACUGCUACCCGCUGAGACGUCGCGCCGCUCCGACCCGGCCGCCUCUCUUCACCGACCAGCCCGACCUGACUCCGCUCAUCGACACCAACUUCACCUCCCAGCCGCCCUCCAACCUCGCCACGCCGCCCAGAGAAGGGUUCGACUUCGGAGGGCUGGUGGAGCGCGCCUACAUGGAGCAUGAGCCUCCGUCGCCGUCUACGUACCCGUCUCCUUCCUCCGCUUCCUCCUCGCCUCCUUCAGCCACACAUCUCCAGAGGAGCCUGAGCCUGGGGGACGCAUGUGGGCCCACAAACCAGGCUGCCGGGGCUGGGACGCAGUCCGCUGGAGACUGGGAAAGCUCCGUGUGGGCCAUGGAGCUGAGAGGGAAUCUGAUCGCUGCUGGGAGGAGCAGCGGCAAACUGGAGCUGUGGGACGCAGUAGAGGGGUCUCUGCGGUGCAGCAAUGAAGAUGGAGUCUCUGGUAUCACCGCGCUGGCGUUUCUUAACAACAGAAUCGUGGCAGCGCGACUCAACGGGUCGUUAGAUUUCUUCACUGUUGAGAUUAACAAACCUCUGGGUCUGCUGCAGUACAGAGGUGCCCCGGGGCGAGGCAGCAUGCCCCCGACUCCCUGUUACAGCAGCGAGGACCUGAUCAGCUGUCAGCUCACUCGCUCUGUGCAGUGUGCCCACCAGAAGCCGAUCACUGUGCUGCGAGCGGCCGCAGGCAGGGUGGUCACCGGCAGCCAGGACCACACAGUCAGGGUUUAUCGUCUGGAGGACUCCUGCUGCCUUUUUACCCUGCAGGGUCACUCUGGGGGGAUCACAGCCAUCUACAUUGACCAGACGAUGGUUCUAGCGAGCGGUGGGCAGGACGGCGCCAUCUGCCUGUGGGAUGUCCUGACAGGAAGUCGCGUCAGCCACGUCUACGGUCACCGUGGCGACGUCACAUCCCUGGUCUGCACUACCUCUUGUGUCAUUAGCUCAGGACUGGAUGACCUCAUCUGUAUCUGGGACCGCAGCACUGGCAUCAAACUGUACUCCAUACAGCAGGAGGUUGGCUGUGGGGCCAGUCUUGGCGUGAUCUCAGAGUCUCUGCUGGUGACGGGGGGCCAGGGCUGCGUCUCUUUCUGGGACCUGAACUUCGGCGACUUGCUGCAGACCGUCUACCUGAGCCAGAGCGGCGACGGUCAGGGCGUCCGGCAGCUGCUGGUGCUGGACAACGCCGCCAUCGUCUGCGACUUCGGCAGCGAGCUCAGCCUGGUCUACGUUCCCUCAGUGCUGGAGAAACUGGACUGAGGAAGAUGGGCAGCUGGCACCGGGUGGGAAACACUCACUCGGCUCUAUCAUCUUACCUUUUUUUUUCCAUAUCAGUUAUCAGAAGUUCAGAUGUUGAGAAAGGAAAAACUAUCACAAGGGUCAUGGGAUAUGAAAUCAAAUCCAUCAUUCCCCGUCUUUUUGUUCAUUUUAAAUGGGAGCUUGUGCGUUUGCUUCGUCGCUCUGCCCUGGAUGCUGCUGACUUGGAUGGGACCUUCUGUGAUCCGACCCUCUGAAUGAGGAAGAUGGAGCAGUUUCCUGUUUUAUCAGUUUUUUUUUGUUGUUUUUUUUAAAUAUUCCUGCUGUGCCGUUCACUUGACAGGAAAUGAAGUCACAGUUCUGCAGCCUGUUGGGAUGAACAGAGUUAUGCGAGAGUGUCUGUGUGAAUGAAACCUAAUCCAAGCCUUUUUCUUCUUUUUUUCAAGCAAACACCUUCUGAGAGGAAGAACUGAAUUGUGAGGAAGUGUGUGAGUGUGUGUGAGUCGGGAUGGGGGGAGAACUGGUGAUUACUGUAAAAAGUAAACCUCCGGUGGAGGAUGUUUUUAUAUGUAUAAAUCUAUUAUUUAUUAGCAAUAUGUUUUUAAGUAACAGUUUGUUUGUGAGUGGCUAAUCCCAACUCUUAACCUUCAAUAUUAAGUGGAAAUGAUGAUGACUUUAAAUGGAGGAAGGUGUUUGUUUGUUUGGCCGGGUUGAGCCAACUUUUUAAAACUGUUCGCUUUUAAUAUUAAGCUGGAAAGUGUUGGAGGCGUUGAGUCCAAACUGCCUCUGAGUCCUGCGUGAGUGGGCGGGGCUGGGGGCGGGGUCUGAUUCACGCUACUCCUUCAUCAGGCUACCUCCAUUCUUGAAUUUUGUUGACUGAUGAUGUUGUGCACGAGUUCUCACCGCCUUCUUUACGCUUGUGUCGCCUUCUGAGGUUAUUUUACCGAAUUACUUUCUUUUGGUCACAUCCAGACUUUCAAACCCAAAGUAAACCUCAGUAACUUUAUCAUUUUUCUUCCCAAUAGUAGUGUAAAAGAAAACAUGUCAUUUUGGUCAUUUUUUUAGGUCCCCAUGAACUAAAUCAUUGACAUGCACUGGGACGUUAGUAAAGUGUUUAAAAAUGAAGCCUAGAAAGUGGAAGAAGCAAUUUAACGAGAAUUUUGAUUCAGUCAGGCUGCAAGACUCUAGAUAAUAAAAGUUAAAGAAGCUGGAUGUGGAAAUGCUGGCAGACUCUUUAACAGAGUGGAGGUAAAUUUUACAAGUGAUGUUCAAAGCGCGUUAAUCUGUAAAAUGGUUUCAAAAUGCCAAGCUUUGUGAUGUUUUACAGUAAUUCCUGCAUCAUAAAUGCUCAGUUCAAAUUUGCUUCCACUCAUGGCAUGAAGACUAGGGUAAAAUAUUUAAAAAUGUUAAUUAUAGUGGAAUCGCAAUUUGAGUCAAAGUUUUGCAGACCCGCAUGUCUGACCGCUACUAAAAACUAAACUUCUUUAGAGCUGGGAGUGUUGCUGUGAGAGCCAGUCAGACAUUAGAGAGGUCAAGCUGUAUAAAAAUGUAACUAAACCCUUGGUAGUUUUCCAUGUUGCAUUCUUUGAAUUACCUGCAGAUUUACAGAUCAGGAAAACGCUUUCAUUAGACCAAAAAGAAAAAAAAAAUCUGUAUUUCUCUGCACACGUUUUUGUUUCAGAUUUCUAAACCUGAGCAACUUUUAUCGAUCCCUUUUAACCCAGAAUCAUUCAUUAGAC